AUGAACAAUGAAAUGACUGCUUUGCGGUCACAAGGCACCUGGGUACUUGUUCCCCCUCCUUCGGAUGCUAAAAUAGUGGGCUACGAUAUCAUUAUCACAGGUUCAUCUUCCACCGCCAUUACUGCGUUAAUGACUUAUCUUCAUGGUCAAUUUGCUGUCAAAGAUCUCGGGGAUUUACAUUACUUUCUGGGAUUGGAAGUUCAUCGCUCCUCUGCUGGGUUACACUUAAGCCAAACCAAAUAUUUCAGAGAUGUGUUAUCUAAAUCUGGGUUGUUGGAUUCCAAACCGAUGUCAACUCCUCUUGCUUUGGGCUCUCUUUCUUUACAUGAUGGCGGCCCCUUACCGUGCUCUACUGAAUAUCGGAGUCUAGUUGGCGCUCUUCAAUAUUGUACCCUUACACGACCUGACCUUGCCUUCACAGUUAACAAACUGUGUCAAUUUAUCCACUCCCCCACUGAUGCUCAUAUGCAGGCUGUCAAACAUGUUCUUCGUUAUUUGAAGGGUACAAGUCACCUUGGUUUGCUGAUACAACCAAACUCGGAUCAUGUUCUUUACACCUUCACUGAUACAGAUUGGGCCUCGUGCCCCGACGAUUGA